GCUUCUGGACUGUAAAACGUUUUGAAAUUUGCCCCCAAAUCAUUUUUAUAGUCUGCCUCAAACAGAUUUAUUUUGUGAAACGGCUCACUGGCUGAAGCUGCUGUUUGCUCUUUAAAAUCCCAACCUUUCCCAUGUAAUAUUACUGCAGCAAGUUUUUAUUGAAGCUUAUAGAGAUUUAGCGGACCCCCCCAAACUCCACCUGGAGCUUGGCCCCUCUCCUUCUGUCCUCAAGGCUCAGUCUUCUCAGCUGACUUGGCUUAACUUCACCGAGCAGGAGUUUCUGCAGCCCUUUUGUUAGCGGCCUCAAAAGGGUCUGGAGCUGCUGGUGGUCGACCGCCGGACGAAAAGAUGGAGACUUUUGGAGCUGGAGUCUGAACUUUUGAUGGGAAUUUUUUGUUUGGUGAUGGAUUUCUAAGCACCGUGCUGUUGAGGAAGAAUGGGGGCUCAGAAGAACGAUGACGAGAGUCAGGAGAAGAUCCUGAAACGCUCCCACAGGAGGAGGCUUUCUUCAUGAUGUCCUCCCAUCAUUUCACCUAAACUUUUCAGUCUUUGAGGACAAAAAAGUUCCUUUUUCCCACAGACAUGUCUGACCUCAGCCAGGUCUCUGUGUUCACUGAGACCUCAGACAUUUAUAAGAAUGUGUUUUGUAACCCUGCCUUUGAGCUGGAGGGAGGGGGAGAGGAGAGGGUGGAGGGACUUCGAACAUCUUUCUCCACACCUGAACCUGUCAAACCACCAGCAGCAGGUCCUCUCAGCGAAUGUGCACGGCGUCUCCGGGAAGUGGGGCGUGGCUGGGGGCUGGUACUGGUCUCUGCUGCAGUCCUGCUCCUCCUGGCAGCACUGGGACUGGCCCUGGUUCUCAUUCUGACACAGAUGACAGGAGAUGGCGUUGAGGAGCAGUUGGCGUCCACGGGCCCCCCUGGCCUGCAGAGUGCAGGAAGUGAAGCGUCCCCUGGUUUCACCACAGCCCGUGAUAUUAGAAGGGAAACGAGCACAGCUGCCCCACAGUCCUCCAGUAUCCCCACUGAAUUGAGUUAUGGUUGUGGAGGUGUAAUGACAGCCUCUGAGGGCAGUUUCAGUUCCCCAAACCACCCUGGCUCCUACCCCCCUAACUUGCUCUGUGUAUGGGUGAUCCGGAUCCUUCCUCCGUAUGUGAUCCAGAUUCACGUCUCCUCGUUGACGGUGGAAGGGCCGUCUCCUUGUCUGUUUGACUGGCUGGAGGUGCAGGAGCAGAUGGAGCAGAGCACUGUGGUCACCAGGUUCUGUGGUAACGUUGCCCCACCCACCCUCAACACAAACAGCAGCACGGCGUGGGUCACCUUCCGCUCUGACGGCAGCAUCGCAGGCACUGGCUUUGCUGCGAAGUACAGAGCCAUCCUGCCUGAACAGAGGAGCUGUUCUCGGGAGGAGUUCAUGUGCGACAGUGGUCGCUGUCUCCUGCCGGCAUCUGUGUGUGACGGUCACCCAAACUGUCACGACCGUGCUGACGAGGCAAACUGCAGCAACAGACACAAGGAAUGUGGAGGCCAGAAGUUUGGACCACAUGGUCAUCUGGAAAGCCCCAACCACCCCAGCCCUUAUCCCCAUCAACAGCUGUGUGUGUGGCAUAUAUCUGUGGACGAAGAUCACAUCAUCACACUCAGCUUCAGAAGCUUCAGCCUGGAAACUCAAAAUGUGUGUGAGUUUGAUUACGUAGAGGUGCACGACAGCAUCAGCACCAGAGCUGGGAGAGUGCUGGGCAGGUUUUGUGGCUCCACCCUCCCGCCGGCCCUGAACUCAUCGGGCCCCCACAUGACAGUGGUGUUUGUGGCGGAUGAGGGAGUGGCCGACAUCGGCUUCAACGCGACAUACCAGGCUGUAUUUAUUUUAGACAGGACAUGCGAGCCCGGCCAGUAUGCCUGCAGGACGGGGGAGUGCCUCCAGCAUCAAUGGCUGUGUGACGGAUGGGACGACUGCCCGGAUGGAGCCGAUGAACAGGGCUGCACUAAUGCCACCUACCUGCCUUUCACUUCCUCUUGUGAAACCAUAGAAGUGGAGAUGUGUCAGGGCCUCAGCUACAACCUCACCUCCUUCCCCAACAUCUGGCUGUCCAUUGCUGACCAGAGAGAAGCCGCCACGCUCCUCCGACAGUAUCGGGUGCUCAUGGAGCUGGCGUGCUUCGAGCCUCUGCAGAGGCUGGUGUGUGGGAUGUUCCUCCCCCAGUGCAGCCCCGACGGGGGGGUCCUGCAGCCCUGCCGCUCAGUCUGCUCCUCAGCGGAGCAGCAAUGCAGCCAAGCCCUGGACCUGUUCUCCUUCAGCUGGCCCUUCAACUGCCACCUUCUGCCCGACUCUCAGGACCCCAUGGAGUGUUCACGGCCUUGACGCUUUGGUCACGACCACGUUUGGGACGUUUCCAUUAGAAUGGAGCAAAAAUAAAAAACAUGACAGUUUGAUGCUAAACUGGUUUUCUAGCCUGGAAAAGGUCUGAAUCUAAAAACUGUAGAUGUACAGAACUGCAGGUAUCAGAACUUUUUUAUUCGCAUGAAAGAAAUGUGGAGCAACAGCUACUUUUUCAACUUUGCAACUUUAGAAACGUUUUUUUGUCUUAAGCUACAUUCAAACCGGGUGUUUGGCGUGUUUAGCCCGCGGUGUUCACACUGGACAAGCACGGAGGGCCUUCUUGAUCUUCUUUUUUACCUGUUUACUAGCAUGUCCACCACCUACAGUUGGAAGAGACCGGAUUAACAAGACCUGGGUAACAAAAACCUUGAAGUGGUUCAAAUCUCACGAUUUGAGCGAGAAAAGACAACGGUUGGGUUCAUUGCUAGUGUCCUUGCAUUGGUGGAGAGUGGCCUUGGUUUAUCUUUACUUGAAGAACAAACACAGACGUCGUCAUGUCUGGGUUCACCACAUAAACCAAAUAAGUACAUCACUACCAAAUCCAAGUCCCUGAUUGGUCACAGUUCAACCUGGUGCAACACCCAUUCAAUGGCCUUUUGUAAUGACCUGGAAAAUGGUAGUGAAAACUUGUGUAGUGACAUGAACACGAGAGUUUUGACUGCAGAAGCCCAAAAUGUGCAUGUAUGUAGAGCUUUCAUUGGAAGUGUCCUCUUGAACGUGUUUCGUCAAGGACCAAGUACCACAAAGCUCCGUUCACACUGGCAUAUGAGACGGGUUCAGCACACACACAGGACAGUCUCUACCACACUAGCGCAUGUCUAACACCUACAGUUGGGAGAGGCCAGGUGUAAAAUGUCAGACGUCCAAAUCUCAUGAAUCUCACUCCAGGCGUUUUCUGUCACAGCUCUAUUCCGAUAAAUGAAAGACUUGGGGUCAUAGAAUUCCAGCCGGGUUCAGACAAUUAUUCAUUUCUCCUCCAUGAUCAAUUUCCUAAAAGUUGGCACUUUUGUGAAUUAAAAAGGAGGCCACCCUUACGUCACUACUAAAUGAGAGUUCCCGAGUCGCGAAAAAGAGACUUCAAAACUUUUGUAGCGGCGCAUUUCUUGCCAGUUUUGAACCCGGAGGCCCAAAACAGCAUUGACAUGGACUUUUCAUUGAAAGUGGACGUUGUUAUAUAGUUCCAGUUCAGUGCUUUUAUUUACAGGAUUGCUAUAAAAGAGGCUGUAAGAGGAGCCAAAACACUGGAAAAAUAAAAUAAUGGUUCGGCAUCA